AUGAGGGGUUGGUUUUUAUCUACAUUUCUUAUUGUGACUUUAGUAGUUGUGGUGUUUGGUGCCCCAAAGACCUUUGAAGACAAUGUAAAAGCUCUACGAAAAAUAAAUUUAAAUGAUGUGCUAAAGAAUGACAGAAUCGUCAGAAGUUACAUAGACUGCGUCAUCGGUACCAAACCUUGUACUCCAGAGGGCUUGGCAAUGAAAGAAAGCUGGAAAGAAGGACUCGACAAAACUUGCGACAAAUGCGAAGAGGAAGACAAAAUUAAAGUUAAAAAAGUCGUAAAGUACAUAUACUUAAACCACCGCGAUUGGUAUGAUGAACUUGCCAGUACCUUUGAUAAAGAUAAGAAAUACCAAACCAAAUACCAAGAAUACAUGGACCAACUUCUUGCCGACCCCGCUAUUUAA